AGUAAUAUUACCUGAGGCAGAAAAAAAUGUUAUAUACCUGUAAAUACCAAGAUAUGAUACGUUAAAACGUAUAGAACUGUGGAUACUAUUCUAAGAAUGUAGGGAUAAUCAGAAGAAAUGAGUGAUUUGAUCUUAUACCAGCUUAUAUUUUCCGUUCUUUUGAUCUGGUCUCCGUGUCGUUGUUUACCAGACAGAGAGAAAGAUAUAGAAAGUCCAGGUCAUGUAGUACUUCAACCACCCGGUAAUUUAUCUACAGUGUAUGUAGGAGAUGGGGACAUAUAUUUCUAUUGGAGCCCUCCCCAAAAUUACCCAACUCAUAAGCCAGUAAACCUUUCUGGGUCUGACGAGUACAAGAUCAGCUCUACAGAUAAUGUACAUUUUUCUGACUCAGGAACCUGGCUUGAAAAACAGAGUAUAGCAGAGAAAGACAUGAACUGGGCAUUUAAAUUCUUCUCUCUCUCAGGUUUCAGUUCUGAAAAUUUAGAUGCCCAGAAUUCCCCCGACCUAGCUCCUCAAAUGAAUAAGACUUUAGAGGAACAUAUUAUUCAAGAAAAUUUAACUCCAGAGCAGUUGGCUAAAAUUUCAAAACACUACAAGAGCAAAAAUGUAUCUGAAUUACCUGAAUGGUUUAAGAAAAAAACAGUUCCAAGGGAACAUGCAGGGAUUCUCUUGUACACCAUUAUCUGGCAAGAAAUGGAAAAUGGUGAGACUCUUGGUGAAGUUUGGAAUGACACUGUGGAACCAUCUAAAUUAGACUACCACAUCAAGGGCCUAAAAGCCCAGACAAACUAUAGCAUAUGUGUAGAGGUCAUGUACUACUCUUUUACAACACUCCGCAGUGAAUAUUUGGAGAUUGAGACAAACAGAAACUUCUCAUUGAUACCCCCUGGAGACCAUAAAGAUGACUGUCACUGCGACAAGAUGGGUACAGUAAAUGAUGAUCCUGAUCAUCCAGGUUGCAGAACUCAUUUCUUUGGGUCAAUGAGUCUGAAGCUGUGCCAGUGUCAGGAGGGGUACUCCGGCAUGUACUGUCACAUCUGUCGCCCUGGGUACUACAGAUUAGGACCAAAUAUGCCUUGUAACAAAUGUCCAUGUGAUAUCAAGAAAUCAAAUGGCUAUUGUCAUUUUCGGGAGGGCUACCUGUUUUGUGAUACCUGUAACGAGGCCUAUGGAGGGAAUCUGUGCCAGACCUGUGCCAAGGGCUACUACAGACCAGGGGGUAGUUCUUAUUGUACCAGGUGCAACUGUCACGGAAACACAGAUUUCUGUCAAGACAUCACAGGAGAAUGCAUUGGAUGUGGGCACAACACAGCAGGGUUUAACUGCAAUCGAUGUGCACAUGGAUAUGUGAAUAUUAGGAAGACUGGCCAUCUCACCAGUUGUGUACAUGCAGAUACUGCCAAGCAAAUGCAAGAGAAGAACAAGCCUUCGGUGGGUUCAGGGGCCAUAGCAGGGAUCUGUGUGACUGUUAUCGUGGUGAUUGGUCUCAUCAUUGGCGUGGUUAUCUACAAGCGGUACUGGAGGUACCCCACAGCCCGGCCAUUCUGGACCGUGGAACUCAAGGACGACCAUGAGGGCAUUUGCUUCAGCAGCGUGCCUGAGGAUGAACUGGUGGCCAUUACAGCUAGAGAGGAAGAGGAAGAGAGAAAGCGCAGAAAAUCAGGCUCCCAGCCAUACACAAAGCUCAGAGAAAACAUUUGAUUCUUACACAUUCCACAGGUUAUAGCCUGAAUACUUAUUAUUUGAUACACGUUGAUAUCGUAAAAGUUACAGCAACGUAAUGAGAAUUCUCUUAAGUGCCACGGCAAAGCAAAAAGGCUUUUUCAUUUGCAAAGAGAAAAAAAUUGUUACAUUUAGUAGCUCUAUAGAACUAGUAGUAUCUAUCUUCAAUUAUUAUAAUGGAAUGCUAUGCAUUAUUGCUAUGAUUUUAUUUGCCUGGUCCUUGUGGGUAUUCUUGAAGGAUCUGAGUUUCUUGUUUUUAUUAGUAGUUUUUGUAGAUUAAGCUACUGCUUAUGAUGCCAGAUUCAAGUGUCACUGUUUUAGGUAAAAGUAAAUUUGAUUUGAAUGUAUGUAAUUGGCCUUUUUUUGUUCUGUUUUAUUGGUAUAACAGGGUAUAGAUGUUGCCUUUUCCAGUUUCCUUCUACAUGUAUAUGUGAAAACACAGAACUGACACAAAUGUUUAUAUAGUUGUUGUUGAACUGUGAGAAACAAGUAGCCAUUGUAAUUUUACACACAGUUGUCUGUACAUGUAAGUCAUAUACUGAAGCUUGGUUUAGGUACAUUGGCAUUUUGUUCAGGUAUUUAAGAAAUUUUGAUAUUAAUUUGAAAAUAGAUUGAAAAGGCUAUUAUACACUGUGAUAGAUUGUUCACAUUUUAACACAUGCAUGAUUCCAUUACAUGUAUAUGCAAAAUAUGAGAAAAGAUAUAAAUAUUGUAUCAAAUGUAUAAUUGACUACUAGAAAUUACCAAUAGAUUAAAUUUUAUUUUAUACAGCCUCUAUUUGGUGAAAAAAUUUUUUUAGUCAAAAUGAAUGUUAGUGAUUUGUAAUUUAAAUAUCUAGUCAAGUUCAAAUUUGUCUCAGUUAUACCCAAUUUUUCACUUUUAAAAGUCACUGUAAUUUUGCCUUUUAUCAUUUACUGUCAGUUGUUUUGUUAUUUGUACAUGUAUUUGAAAAUCAAAACUUCUCUCUAGCUUAUUUGACUAAAAUCAAAAAUCUAAAUCAAUGUUCAUCCUAUAAGGCCGGUUGAAUAAUUCUUUACAAUAAAUUUGUAUGGAUAUAAUAUAAAUAGAUAAAAUAUAAGCAGAAAAAAGAGUCAGCUAGUACUUUUCUUUUCUCCAUGGUAGGAGAUACAGUAAAACCUGGUUACAGUGAACAAGCUUAAAAUGAAUUGAUGCUUACAGUGAAGCAAUUUUCAUUCCUUGUGACUUUAUUACAUGUUGUAAACUUGACGGAUAUAACGAAUUACGCUUACAAAAAAGCAAAAUGGCCCGUCCCAGGCACUUCGUAAUAACCGUGUUUUACAGUAUAGAGAACUUUCCUCUCUUAUGUAGUGUACAUUUCACACCCUGAUGUAGCUACCGGUAUAUGUGCCUUGCAAAUGUCAUGCAUGUAUUGCCUUUUUUAAUUUUUUGUUUUAUAAUUGAUUAUAUUAUGCUAGUAGUUGUAACAGACUCCAGUUAUUCUGCAGGGAUCAAUCUUGUGCUUCAUCACUGUCAUCUUUUGAUUAAGGGACCAAUGAUAUAAUUGAUGAUCAUUUAUAGUGAUUGCAUUUUAUACAUGUAAUUAUGUAAUUUUUUUUACAAUCUUUAUUAGUUUUCAAUUGUUAAUUUUUUCACUUUGAAUUUGUAGAUAUGUUGUUGUUUUGAAGCAAACAUAUUUACAAUCUAGCUAAAGUUUUGAUGUUGGAUUCUGUCAUAUUAUUUGCUACAGUUGUUCUGAUUUGUCAUUUCAUAUUAAUCAGAUAGCCAUAUUUUCUUAUCAUUUCGAUUCUUCUUGUAAAUAUUACACCAGAAACAAGUAAUGAAAAAUAUUGAAAAAUAUGAUAUUGAUGAAAUGUAAAUCAGGUGUUAAUAUAUGAGAGUCAUUUCUUGGACAUCAUUGAUUAGAUUUUUCUUUUACCCAUAUGAACUAUUGAUAAAUAUUUCUUGCCAAUGAUAAUUUUAAAAAAAAAAACCCAGACAAAUAAGCAUGGUUGGUGCCAUAUACGUUGUUGAAUCUUAGGUUUUUAUUGGUUUGUUUAGAUUUAUUACACAAUUUAAGUCUAAAUCCUGGGGUUUUUUUUCAGUUUUUUUAUCAGAUUCCAGGAUCACGAAGCAAUCUUUGACUUAAGUCAAAAAUUGUACACUGUCUUAAUGUCUCUUGAUUGAAAACAAAAUUGAAAUGCGAUUGAAAGUGCAUUGAAAUAACAUUGUUAAUUACAAAUUUCAAUUGUCAUAUUAUGACAAACAAUCAUUCUAUGACUGACUAAAAUUUUGACUAAAAUCUGAAAUUGUGUUUCAAGAUCCUGAGGCCCAGAUGUCAUGUGUGCUAAGCUGUUGUUGGUCAUAUAUUUACCUGUACAUGUACCAAGUAGUUGUUGUUUAUUUUUACUGUUAAACUUAGUCAAUGUCAUUGCAACAGCUUUGCAAUUUUAUACAUUUAUAAUUUUUUUUAAUUAACCUGAUAUGUAUUAUUUACAUUAUUUAGAACAUAUCAUUAUAUUUAAGGUAAGGGGAAAAGAAAUGUAAUCAUCACAUGUAUUACAUUGUACAUCAAGGCCUUCAAAUGUAAUGUAAUUUUUGCACUUUUUUCAUCAAAUGAAUGUUCUAAUUUUUAUCAAUUGGAGAUUUUAACUUUAAAAUGAAAUGUUACUAAUUGUUCAAUUUGUUUGAAUAUGAAGCAGCCUUUGCAAUAUUUUAUCUUCCAUUAGCUCCCAUGUGUUCUUCUGUAAAUAAAUGUUUAAGGAAAUCCAGGUUUACAUUUUAAUUUUAUGCACAUUCUUUUAUUAAUUGAGCAAAUGGGUACUGCUUAGUGAUAAGUCCAUUUAUUAUAAUAAAGUUCAAAGUUUGUUGAAGCCAACUGAUGCUAAAAAUAGUGUUCAGGUCUAAGGGAAGAUAAUCACUGCUUACUUAAAAAUGUCUUACAUUUGAAACCAUUUUGUACAGUAUAUGGCUUAAUUAAAUGUUACACAAAUUUG